CAUGGCCUGCUACGACAGCUGCCGUCCCUGCGGACCCACCCCGCUGGCCAACAGCUGCAACGAGCCCUGUGCCCUGCAAUGCCAGGACUCUCGUGUCAUCAUCAACCCUUCCCCUGUGCUGGUCACCCUGCCAGGACCCAUCAUGACCUCCUUCCCCCAGAACACCGCCGUUGGAUCCACCUCCUCGGCUGCCGUGGGCACUGAGCUCAGUGUGCAGGGACAGCCCAUCUCUGGUGGCUUUGGUGGCUUUGGCUACGGCCUUGGCUAUGGCCGUGGAUUUGGCUAUGGGCUGGGCUGUGGUUAUGGGCUGGGAGGCCUGGGUUGCUAUGGCAGAAGGGGCGGCUACAUCUGCUAA